AUGAAUUGCAUUAAAAGCUUCGGGGGCCCUCGUGGCGUUUGGUUGUUGCGGACAUUCCGUAGAAUAGACCACCCGGUACGCACUGCGGCCGCCAGAUGUUACUCAACCAAACCGGCACCGGCAACGACGAACAGCAAACAGCCAUCGACAGCAUCCGGCGGUGCCGCCGCGCCCGGGGAGCGAAAGUCGAUCAUCCCGCCCAACUACCGGCACGUGUACCGGGAGUUUCUGCCGGACCCGAAGCUCGAGUGGCGCAAUUCGUUGCGCGAAAAGCUUGAACGCCGCGACAUGCUCAGUCGGCGGGCCAACAUCGACAUACCGGAGUUUUACGUGGGCUCCGUGCUCGCCGUGACCGCCUCCGACCGUCACGCCGAAACCAAGACGGCCCGCUUCGUGGGCAUUUGCAUACUGCGCGAAAAGUGUGGCCUCCGGGCACGGUUCAUUCUGCGCAAUGUUAUCGACCACCAGGGCAUCGAGAUCAGCUACGAUCUGUACGAUCCGACGCUGCAGAAGAUCGAAGUGCUGCGGCUCGAGAAACGGGUGGACGACCAGCUGAUCUACCUGCGGGAUGCGCUCGACGAGUACAGCACGUUCGACGUCAACAUGGAACCGGAAACGCUGCCCGACGGGGCACCGGUGCCGGUGAACGACCUGAAGGUGGUCCUCAAACCGCACCCAUGGUACGCGCGCUGGGAACGCCACAACCUGCAGGGUGUGGCCAACAUGGCCGAGCACACGAACGAGCGGCGCCGGGUGAACGCGGCCCGGCUAGCGACUCCGUGGGAGAAGUACGACCUGAUGAAAGAGUACCGCCGCUCGAUCCCGGAGGAGGAACAGAAGGAAAUCUUCACCGAAGUCUACUCCACGCUUCACUCGCAGGAGCUGGCCCAGAAGAAGAUGAAACGCAAACGCAUCUUCGUGAAACCGACCAAACUGGCCUAGUUCCGUCGCCGCCGUACAUAGCAAAAUAAAGU